AUGGCUUACAUUAAAAUCGCUUUACUAGCCGCUGUCGCUGCUUUGGCAUCCGCUCAAACCCAAGAAGAAAUCGACGAAUUGAACGUUAUUUUGAACGAUGUUAAAUCUAACUUACAAGAAUAUAUUAGCUUGGCUUCUGACUCAAGCUCCGGUUUCUCUUUAAGCAGUUUACCAUCUGGUGUCUUGGACAUCGGGUUAGCUUUGGCUUCUGCCACUGAUGACUCCUAUACAACUUUAUACUCUGAAGUUGAUUUUGCCGCUGUUAGCAAAAUGUUGACCCAAGUUCCAUGGUACUCAUCCAGAUUAGAACCAGCUUUGAAGUCCUUGGAAGGUGAUGAUUCUUCCUCUGCUGCUCCAAGCUCCACUGAAGCCAAGACCUCUUCCACUGCUGCUCCAAGCUCCUCUGAAGCUAAAACCUCUUCUACUGCUGCUCCAAGCUCCUCUGAAGACAAGACCUCUUCCACUGCUGCUCCAAGCUCCACUGAAGACAAGACCUCUUCCACUGCUGCUCCAAGCUCCUCUGAAGCUAAAACCUCUUCUACUGCUGCUCCAAGCUCCUCUGAAGACAAGACCUCUUCUGCCACUACUUCUUCCGCUAAGGUUUCUUCCACCGCCGCCUCCUCCGCCAAGGUCUCUGCCAUCUCACAAAUUACUGAUGGUCAAAUCCAAGCUACCAGCACUGUUUCUGAACAAACCGAAAACGGUGCUGCUAAGGCUGUUAUGGGCAUGGGUGCUGGUUUUGUGGCUGCCGCUGCUAUGUUGUUAUAA